ACCCUCACCACCAGCGUCAGAUAGAUUCUGCAUCUUCCGCCACUAACCAACAAAAGCUGAUCAAACGAGGAAACACCACCACUGUGUCUCCCUAGCCAAACUUCACCAGUUUUCAAGUGAUGAAAGCCCUCACCAGUUAUUGUUCUAAGACCACCGUUGAGAGUCUAGGAUCUCUGUCUCCCAGAGUUUCUAUUGGUGUUUCUGAUAGACGCGAGUUCUGUUUUUCCCUGCACUCUAGAAAUGAGAUAAAAGGAUGCAACUUUUGGGUCCUGAAAUUGGUCCAAAACAAGGGUACUUACCCUCUUCAUGCUGUGCCACCAAAAGACCAGGUGGAGUUGGAAACUGCAGAGCCUCAAGCUCAACAAAGUGAACAUACAGAUGAAACAAAGCUUUUUCGUGUAGCAUUUCAGUUACAAAAGAAUUGUAACUUCGGUGAACAGUUUCUAGUAGUUGGAGAUGAUCCUGUGCUUGGUUCAUGGGAUCCUUCAGAUGCAUUACCAAUGACAUGGUCCGAUGGACAUGUAUGGACUGUUGAGUUGGAUGUGCCUGCUGGAAAGUUAAUCCAGUACAAGUUUAUACUGAAAGGAAAAGGAGGUAAUAUUAUUUGGCAACCAGGCACAGAUCGAAUUAUCCACACUUGGGAAACUACGAACCGGAUAACUGUCUGUGAAGAUUGGGAGAAUGCCGAACUUCAGAAGAUUAUAGAGGAACCUCAGGUUGAUCAACUUCAGAAAAUAAUAGAGGAAGAUCAACUUGCUAAUUCAAAUGAGGAACCUCAAGUUAACUCAGAAGUGUCAACUUUUACUGAAAAUUUGGAUGGUGCUCAAGAGAGUCUGCAAAUCAAUGCAUCUGAAAUAUCAGGCAUUGAAAAUACCGGAACUCAUGUAGAGGAGAAAUCACUUACUGAACCAGUCCUGCAACAAAUCACUGGUGAUAGUAUUUCUUCCUCAUUGGAGAAGCCAAUGGCUAUUGUUGCAGAAAAUAUAGGUGCCUCAGAAUAUCUCAUCGAUGGUACAAGCCACAAAAAGAAUAUUAUUCAACAGAAUGAAAAAUCUGCAGAUAGUCUGGAAAAUGAUGAUAUAAUAUAUGAUUUUGGACACAACGGAAGUGCCACGUCAAUCGGGAAUCAGGAAAGGACAAAUUUUGAGAGCAACUUAUUUGAUUUUGAAGGAGGUCCUGUUCUUGUUCCUGGCUUGAUACAACCAACUGUGCCAAGUGAUGAAGAUGGCCAAGAUGAAGUUCAAGAAAUGACUACCAUGGACACUUCAGUUGGAGCUUUUGAAACUCAGGAUCAGAAUAUACCAGAGUUGAGUAAGGAGCAAGAAUCCGAUGAUGACACAGCCCAAGAGAUAAAUGCAACCAUGAAUAAUGAGCCAGAACUUCUUUACAAUGAAAAUGAAGAGCAGUCUCAAGAGAUGGAAGAUAGGUCAAACUACCAGCAAGUUGAUGAUAAUAAUCCCUUGCAAAAUGACAUCAAAUGGGGCCAGGAAACGGUAAAGAAAUUUCUAACAAAACUUGGAUUCCUUUGAUGCCAAACUUCACAGAACCACUGAAAGAAACUUCAUUGAAACUGAAUAGGAGCUCAAGAUGAUGGCUAUUGGUGAAGAUAAUGUUGUAUACUAUGUUGUUGUAUUACUUUAGACUUUCAUUCUUUCAGUUUUGGCCUCUUUUGUAAAGUAGUAGUAGCAGAUUGGCGAGCAAUAGAGAGCUUUGGUUAUGUAUAAGAUAAUUAUUUGCAACAUGUAUAUGUUAGUAAGUUAUAUGAAGUGCUUUUUUUUUUGUUUUACAUUUCAUUUGUUUGGUUUAAAAUUAGGACAAAAUAUACGUUUAGUCUUCACAUAAAUAUUUUGUUGCU